GAAAUUAGUUAAGUUGCAGUUGAGAAAAAGAAAAAUCAUUCUCUAGUCGAGGAGGAUGAGGGGGGAUGUUGUUGACGCCUUGAAAAAAUGCGCGGAGGCGCUUCAACAGGGGAAUCGGAGGCUUGCAAAUGCAAAGAUGGGAAGAGUUCUUGAUCUUGCUGAAGAGGAAACGAUGGCUACAACUAGCAGAUUGAUCGGAUAUUUUGCACAGGCUCUCGCUUGCCGAGCCUAUGGAAUUCAUCCUAAAUAUUUUUCAUUCCCAUCACCUGACUGGAAGUAUUGGAUGUGUUACUGGCAUGGCCUUUUUUCUACUGUAGUGAGACUAAGGACUGGGGUGACCUGACGCAUUUAAGGUUAAGUUUCCUUGUACAAGGAAAAGUUGAAUUUUCGAAAGAAAGUGAGGAGAAACUUAUUCGGGCUUCUAACAACCGCCACAUUGAGUUGGAAUAUAAGAUUAUUGCUGUUAACAGUUUCGCUGACAUUGAUGUGUCUUUGCUGGAGAUGCGGGAUGGCGAGUUUGUGGUU